GCUUCACUACUGUAUCACAUCCCCCCCACUGCCUACAGUACGUGCCCUUGCCCCUUCCACCUGAGCCCCAUCAUUGCGCCGCACACCAUCUCCCCUCCGCUCCUCAGGCGCAGUGUGCGGUGGGCUCAGUCUCCGUUGACUCGAGUCACCCAGGGCUCGGCUGUACGACGUCACACCCCACUAUGGACUAUCGCGACGAUAGUUGGUCGUACCGAGAGUAGAUCCUCUUACGAUGCGUAGGUGCUUCUCCGACUAGCGGCCAGCGUCCCGAGUCGGGUGCUAUAGUAUAGCGAGCCGCGGGUGGAAGCGCCAGUGGAACCAGCGACUUUGGACUAGAGGCUAAGCGCUCCCAACUAGCAGCUAGCAACUUUCGACCAACGAUUACGCAGGCGGCAGAGCAGUAAUUGGCUCAGCAAAGGCACACGCACAAAGGGAUAGGCUGCGACACUUCUCGGAAUGAUACAGCCACGUGGCGCCCACGUGUCGUGCGAUAGAGCGCAGAGCAGCGGUCAUCAUUCCUCUGCAGGGGCAACGAGCGAAAGGGACGGCAUGGGGGCGGCAGGGCCGGCUGAAACUCGAAGCAGCGACUGUAGCAGUUUUAACGGCGGUACAGGCAACGGCUGCAUCGGGAACGUAGAGCGUGGCGCACGUAGUCGUACGCGCGCUCACGGUAGCCACCACGAGAACCCGCGCAAUCGACACAGUUGUCGAUCACACCAGUUUAGAAGUCGGUUAGCGGAGCCGUGCAGACCGCCUGGCACUAGCAUCGAGUCGCGGCAACUUACCAGAUUAGGCGGCGAGGGAAUGGCGCGGCGAUGCGUGCGGCAGGUGCGGGUGGAGCGGCAGGUGCGGGUGCUGCACCCCGUGCUGCUGCUGCUCGCGCUGCUCUCGUGCCGCCACUCGCCGCUCCUAGAACCCACGUCAGGCCCGCCAGAAACAGGGCUGCAGAGUCCGCUGCAGCACGGCCGCCGUCCCGCGCUGCUGCUCGUGGGCGCAACUCGCGCCUUCUUCCCCUUCUUCACCGCCUUUUCCCAGUCUUCCGAGUCGAGCGACUCGUCGGCGUUGCUGGCGACAAGCAGCAAGGACUCUGCGACGAAUGUGACGAGUGCUGGCGACAGCAAAGGCAGUAGCAGCAGCAAAGACAGCAGCAGCGGCGGCAACAACAGCAGCAGCAGCAGUAGCAGCAGCAAAGACAGCAGCAGCAGCAGCAGCAGCAAAGACAGCAGCGGCAGCGGCAGCGCAACGAGCGGCGGCGAGAAGGGCAACACAUCGACAACGGGCGACAGCAAGAAGUCGAAUUCCACGGCUGGGGGAAACUCCGGAGACGCGGGGAAGUCGAACAACAGCUCGUCGUCAGGCAGUGACACGUCAUCCUCCGGCAGUGACAAGUCGUCGUCACGCAAUGGCACGUCAUCGUCAGGCAGUGACAAGUCGUCGUCGGGCAAUGACACGUCAUCGUCAGGCAGUGGCAAGUCGUCAGGCAAUGACACGUCAUCGUCAGGCAGUGACAAGUCGUCGUCAGGCAAUGACACGUCAUCGUCAGGCAGUGGCAAGUCGUCAGGCAAUGACACGUCAUCGUCCAGCAGUGACAAGCCGUCGUCCGGCAGUGACACGUCAUCAUCAGGCAGUGACACGUCGUCGAAUUCAACCGAGCCAUCCACUGACAGCAGCGGCGGCGGAAGUGGGACGGGCGGAGGGGGGCAGUCGGUGGAAGAUUGGCGCGCGCCGUGGGCGAAGGGCGGAGUGGCGGAGGCGGAGACGAUACACCUGGUGCUGACGCGCGGAGGACCUGCGAAGCACGCGGAGCCGUCUUCCGCGGCGGCGGACACAGCGGCGGUGGCGGCGGGACUGCCGGAGCUGCCGCGCGUGGGGCUGAAGAACGAGGUGCGCUACGAGUACGGCGGCGACCGCGACACCGCCUCGCUGCGGACGACCAUGUACACGACAGCAGCGGUGGCCCGCACCGCCGCUGUGAGCGACGAGUUCAAAGCCACCCUGUCGCGCGCUGAAGUUACCAUCUCCGCGGCCCGACCUGAUGCGCAGAGUUGGUACCACACGGCAGUGAGCAUGGGGUCAUCGCAGCAGUCGUUCAACGUGCUGGUGGACACGACCACCGACCUGCUGUGGGUGCCGUGCGACUGCGUGCAGUGCGCUGACAAGUCCUCCUCCGCAUCCCGCACUUCGCCCAGCCCCCCCUUCAACCCGGCGGAGUCAUCAACUCUCGCCACCAUCCCCUGCGACUCGCCCACCUGCACUGCAUGGGCGGCCGACACCUCCGUCUCCGUGGGCUGCACUGUUGCCGCGGACCUGCCCGCCCCAGAUGACACCUGCCAGUACUCGCUGGUGUACAGCGCGCCGCUGCAGGGCAGCUCGUCGGGCAACCUGGUGGAGGACGAGGUGCACCUCACCCUGGAGGACGGCAGCUUCCUCGCGCCCAACCUCACCUUCGGCUGCGGGCGCUACCAGACGGGCGUGCUGUCAUCGGGCAGCGGUGCACCGGACGGCGUGCUGGGGCUGGGGUCGGGGCCACUCUCCCCGCUGUCGCAGCUGGCGGAGCGGGGCGUGGUGCGCAGUGCGGGUUUCGCGCUGUGCCUGGAGGGGGACGACUCCGCUGCUGCUGCGGGCGGCAACCACCUGCUGCUGGGCACCACGGACGCCGGGCCUGCCAGUGGGUCGACGCGCCUGUACAAGAGCGAGCUCAGCCCCUACCUGUACGUCAACGUCACGGACAUGCGGCUGGGCACGGCGGACCUGACAGUCACGCCCGCCAUGUUCCCGCCGCUCGCCUCGUCGGGGGCGGGCGGCACGGUGCUGGACUCGUCCGCAUCGGUCUCGGUGCUGCCGCAGCCCGCCUACAUGGCCUUCGCAUCUGCGUUCCUGGUGCAGUUCCCACGAAUGGUGUACGUGUCGUCCGACAGCGCCCGCGAGGGGCUGGACUGCCUCAACGCCAACAAGUACCACAAGUCGUCCAUGUCCCCCUCCGAGUUCCUGCAGCAGUUCCCGCCGCUCACGCUCGUGCUGGAGGGCAGCAAGGGCUCGACGGACUUCACCAUCAGCCCCACCAACUACCUCAAGCUGGCCAGGGGCAGUGCACACAUCAUCUGCUUCACAGUCAAGAUGGCGGCCAGCCAGUCGGAGCGGGCAGUCAUCGCAGAAGCAUGGAUGCGCGACAAGUACCUCGUGGCCGACACGCACACCGACACGCUGUCGUGGAUUGAUGCCAACUGCACCACCGGUCUGGCCGUCAUCACCAACACCACCACCAACAGCUCCACCACCACCGACACCAACAGCUCCACCUCCCCCUCUCCCACCUCCCCUGCUCCCGCCUCCCAACCCCUCCCCUCCCCUCCGCCGCCUUCCACCAACCCUCCACAGGAGUCAGCUGCGCCCAGCAGCUCGCCCCCCUCUAUCACAGAGAGUCCCGGGCCCACUGCUGCUCCCCCCUCCAUCGCCCCCCCAUCCCUCCCUCCCCCCUCUCCCCCGAGCCUCCCAUCCCCACCACCACCCAACAACCCUCCCCCUAACAACCCUCCUCCCAACCCCCCUCCUCCCAACAACCCUCCUCCUAACAACCCUCCUCCUAACCCCCCUCCCAACAACCCACCGCCCGACAACCCCCCGCCCAACCCCCCUCCUCCGCCUAUCUCCCCCCCGGUAAAGCCCCCCACGGCGGCAUGCCAGCCGUCCCCCACGGACUGCGCGUUCUUCUUCGCCGGCCACGAGGGGCAGGUGCCCACCUUCUCCAUCCAGCCGCGGCAGGGCGACGCUGUGCUCUCAACGAGCGAGCUUAAAACGAGUAUAAUGGGCAGCUCGAUCCAGGUGCUGGCGGGCAACUCGGGCAACGCGGAGAUCGUGUGUGCUGAGGACACGGGGGGCGGGGCGGGCGUGGGAGGAGGGGGACUGACGGCGACAGCAGCCAUGGCAAUGAAUGAGGCGCCCAUCGGGCAGGACAUUGGCAACCAGCUGUACAUUACUGGCACGGACGUGCAGCAGCGCACGUUCAACCGCGUGGAGAACCUGUUUGCGCUGAAGAACGCGUACGUGAAGCUGAGGGUGACAGCCGCGGAGAUGGACGUGUUCGGCAUGACGGUCAACAUGAACCCCGGCGACGGCAACUCCUACUUCCCCGAGGACAAGCGCUGCGUGCUCUUCAAAACCAAACUGCCGGAUGGGUGAUGGGGUGAUGGCAUGGCAGCUUGGCAAGGGCAGACGCAUGGUGUCUAGACUGGCAUGGAAAGGCUUAGUGGGUGAGUGGAUGUGUGUCGGCACAUGUGGGGUGAUUGGACGUGUGUCGGCACAUGUGGGGUGAAUGGACAUGUGUCGGCACAUGUGGGGUGAAUGGACGUGUGUCGGCACAUGUGGGGUGAGUGGACAUGUGUCGGCACAUGUGGGGUGAGUGGAUGUGUGUAGGCACACGUGGGAUGGGGGCUAUGGCGCACACAGAAUACUGAGGGUAUCGCAGGAUGGGAAAGAGUCACGGAGCAGGGGAUGAGAAGAGCAAGCAGCCGUCAGAGCUCCCACCUCAAGCAACUGCAGCAAGGCCCUUCCAAUCACCAGGACACGCACAACAAACACACAUUCACCUGCCUGCAUGGCUGCCACGCGGAGGCUCCACGGCUACUGAGACACCGGCGGGCUGUUCGCAGCACAAGCUGAACUUUCUCAGUCACAGGCGCCAUAUUAAUGACACGAGGAUGCAGUUUAUUGGUGGGAAAUGACACGAUCAUGCUAUGUUGUAAUGUGGGGAAGCUUGUAACAUAAGGCAACAAAACCAUGAAGUCAGCACUGAAGUACAGUAUUCACUCCUCUGAAUGACCCAUGUAUCACAUUUCUGUUGUUACGGAA